UGCCCCUCUCCCUUGUACCGCUCUCGACCCACACGCCCGUCAUGGCAACACACAGAGACGCCCGCCUCCCCUCGACGCUCUACAUCGACCCAGCCCCCGCCCCCUCUUCGCAGCCAAAAGUAGAGGAGAUUGGUACCACAUCGGCACCUCUCAAGUCUGCUGCCUUCUUCAUCGGUGGUGGAGACUGCAAAAAGUACAAUGAAGACUUUAUGCUGUGCAAGGCAGAGAGCAGGGAUCCGGAACAUUGCUUGAAGGAGGGAAGGAGGGUGACGCGAUGUGCACAGGAGAUGAUCCGCAAGCUUAACGAGAGCUGUGGAAAGGAGUGGGAGGCCCACUGGCAAUGUCUGGAGAGGAACAACCAAGAGCUGUACCUCUGCCGUAAACCCGAAAAGACUUUCAACGACUGCGUCUUCAGCAAGCUGGGUCUCAAGAAGGAGAUUCCCGGCGCGCCAGAGGGUCAACCACAGGUGCAUGAGAAGAAGAACCCAAUCUACAAGGCCAUCCAGCGUUGAUCAGAAGCG